UAAAUGAAGCAAAAUAUGUGGAAGUCUCCGUCAGAUGAACGCGAUAGAUUGCUACGGCGACAGCGUGCCAUGGAACUGUGGGGACUAGCUCGUAACUCUAUGCAAACUAAAUCCUACAAGUGUCCUUAUCAUUCGUACCAAAAUGUUCAUUCAUGUCAUCCUAUAAAUAUAGAAGCAAUGGCAGUGAAUGUGUACAGUACGAGUUGUACACAAGAUAACCUCAGUAGACAUGAUAUUCUCACAUGGGUUAAUGACAGUUUACAAACUAGUUAUGGUAAAAUAGAAGAAUUAUGUACGGGUAAUAGGUACUGUUUCUUCAAAAAUUUUGAAUUUCCAGGCAGCUUAGUUAUGAAAAAAGUAAAAAUCAACACGAAACUUGAGCACGAGUUUAUUCAAAAUUUCAAGUUACUGCAGUCGAACUUCAACAAACUCGGAGUGGAUAAGAUGAUACCAGUAGAAAAAUUGGUAAAAGGUAAAUUUCAAGACAAUUUUGAGUUUGUUCAAUGGUUCAAGAGGUUUUUUGAUGCUAACUAUCAAGGUCAGGAAUAUGACGCUGUAGGCGCCCGAGACGGACAAUCACUAGGCUCAUCUAGUAAAGCUGCUCCUAAAAAAAAGCCACAAGUAGUGUCUCAACUUGCAAAAGGUGGAACAAAAGUGACAGCAAGCAGUAAAACAACAACUACUCAGAGAAGUCCAGCUGCACCACAGCGGGCACCUGCUGCCAAUAAACCCACAGCCGUUAUCGGUCAUCAAGCUUCAGGAGAUUCGGCUAAAAUUCACGCUUUAGAAACUCAGUUAAAUGAGUUGCGGUUUACUGUGGAAGGAUUAGAGAAGGAGCGAGAUUUUUACUUUGGUAAACUAAGAGAUAUAGAGAUUAUAUGUCAAGAAGAUGAGAGCUCGGAUUCUAACAAACGCAUUAUGGAAAUUUUAUAUGCAACUGAAGAUGGUUUUGCUCCACCAGAAGAAGAUGCUAAUGGUGAAGAAGAAGAAUAUUAGUAUCCACUAUGUUUGUGUCUGUUCUUAUUUCCAUCUGUCUGUCCGACCCACUUACUCCACCGCAAUCUGGAAGGAUUUGUUCAAAAUAUACACUAAAGUUACUGUAGAGCUUUAGGUUAACAUGCAGUUGGAUAAGAGAGUAAAAUUGUUUAAACAAUCAGUUUAGUUGAUAGCGUGGACUUCGAAUUUUUUUGAAAAUAUAGCUUAAAAAAGUGGUUAUACCAAGAAUGAAGGAAAGAACAUUUGGCUGAAAUGUAAUGGAUUGCUUAUGAGAGUUUCUUGAGCUGUCAGACAUGUUUUAAUGAUGAAUUUUACUUUAUUUUCUCCUUGUAAUUUUGAGAACUGAUCAUUUGUUAUAAACAUGUAUAGAGGAUGAGACAACAAUUGGUGAAUAUAUACAAAUAUAACAUAAAUGUUUGCUAACCUAGAGGGAUCUGAUAGUGCCAGUGUUUACAUGUGUAUGUCAGCAGUACAAUAUAUAAUAAUAUGAAAAAACACUAUAUGUUACAGAUAUUUUCUAGCUAUUUAUUUGUAUAUUUUGAGUUAAGUGCUUCAAGAAAUGUUAAAUUUCGGGUAGUUUUGUAUACAUAGAAAUUUUGUUAAAUGUUAAUUUGAUAUCUAAUAGCUUUCAAGCAAUGUAUUAUAUAAUAACCGAUUUCUGUUGCUUUUUUUUUCAAUUCAACAAUUGGAGCUUAAACCCCAUGGAAUAAACCAUGUCACUGCUGAUCCCCAAAUGCUUACGUAAAAGCUGUUUGUAAGAAAGUGAUUAUAAAUGUUCACAGUUUUUGGAUGUUCCGUGGUCAACAUGUUUUAUACAUUACACCUUGACAUUGUUGGACAUACAAGGCUUUUAUCAUGUAGGAAUGUUAUCUUAUCUGUGUCAUACAGUUGACUUUCUGUAUAUACAUCAAUGCCAAAAUUCCUCCUCCUUAUAACAUUAUUUUCAAUCUGUCUCUGUUUGUUUUGAUAAUUUUCUACUUCAUAAAUUUGUGGAGAAUUACCAUUGAAAACAUUGUCUGAGAAUAAUACUCUGAAAACUUGUAAUCUUGUAUCAUGACAGUCAUAGAUGCUAUGUAUAACCAUGGAGACACAGAAAUGGAAGACAUUGUACCAGAUCUGAUCAUUUUAAGUGCUAUUGUUCAUUAUAUGUGCAUGAGCUCUUUUUAAAUAUACCCCACCCCUCUCUCCCACCAGUGCAUGUACUGACCAUUGCUUUAUUCUACAGACCAUAGUCAAAGUGCUUUAAUACUUCAUCAGUCCUGCUAGUUUUGCUACUUCCUCUUUUGUCCAAUAAUCUGGACAAAAACAAUGUUACAUGAUUGAUCUUGUUUUGUAUAAAUCUUACUUGUCACUGAUUUCUUUGUCUGUCCCUCUUACCCAUAUUUCUUGAUUUGGUAGCCAAUUUUUUCGUAUUUCGUAUUAUCCAUGAUGAAAUAUGACCUUCCCAUACAUAGAUACAGGACUAUUAGCUGUAGUUGCUCACAGGUACUGAAUCUAAUUGUAUUACAGACAAGAGUUAACUAUAAUUAAUGUGUCCAUGGUAAUCAGGGUAUAACAUGUCUAUACAAGUAAAAAUAAACUAGAUUAUUUGAGAAAAAAUUUAGACUGUUUUCUUGAACUUGCACUUGAUUAUAGCUGUAUUUUGCUAUUUAACAAUAAAGUUAUAUUUUUUUCUUUUUGGAUAUUGAACUGUUGAGACUUUCUCUGUUUUGUUUUGGGAAUUGGUGAUUAUUUGAAGCAUGCAUAAAUGCAUUCUUUAUUAAGUUGUGCUUUCUUCAGUCGGGAAUAAUGCGUUUUAUAUUGCUCUUCAAAGUAGAAAAUAUAGAAAAAUAACAAUACAUUAUAUAUACAUGUAUCACAGCUCACCAUGUUUAAAUGUAAAUUUUUAAUGUUUCUUGUUAAGAAUUAUGUUUGUAUACAAUAUUCAUUGUAAGCUUGAAUGUGGACAUGUCAACACCAUUUAUAUAUAAAUGUUAGAUCUAUUUAUUUCAAUAAAUGUAUUAUAUAUAUACUAGUGUCAUCACUGAUGAAAUGCUUACCUCCUUUUUUUCGACUUUAUUUGCAGAGCCUAUAUAAGAUUAUUUUUUUUCUUAUUUUUAACAAGUGUUCAUAAUCAUUUAUUUCUACAGUGAAAAGAAUAAUCUACUUAAGCAGGUUUUAUGAUGUUAGACAAGUUUAAAGGUUACAGUAACAAGUGAGAAUCUCAAUUGUUGAAAUAUGAGAAUAUAUGAUACAAAUGUUUAUACUUAUAAUUAAAAUUUUGAAUUGUUAAUUAACAAAACUGUAUCUGUAAAUGAGUAUGAAACAGUAAACAAAAUAUGCUUGUACAUCAACCUCCAUUUAUUUUAGCAAUAACGCUGUCAUUAAAUGAAUAGAAGGUAGUGUGAAUUUUCUAUUUUAUUUUAUACUUUUUUUUCUUACUGUCAUAAUUAUUGUCCAUGUUCUAUUCAAAAAUGUAAGAUCGAAUAUAAAAUUUUAUUACACCACUUUUGUAACAAAAAGAUUAAUAUCCAGGUUGAUUAAUUUGGUAAUCAGAACUUUAAUUAUCAGAGAAAACUUUUACAGUCAUAAAAUAACUUGUGUACAGAUAUUUGUUUUUCUUUCAUAAAAUACAUUUUCAUUUCAGUACAAAGUUAUACAUGUGUUAGAUAUUGUGACUUUUAAACACAAACCAAUAAAUGUUGCACCUGUUGUUUUUUUACAUUAUUUAUUACAAACUCAGUUGUGCUCUGCAAGUUUAAGCUGUAUUUUGCACCAAAUCAAUCAUCAGUUUGUAUUUGUUAUAAUUAAUUAGAGUUCAUGUUACAAUGAUAAUACAUUUGCAUAAUUCUU